UGCUUUACGUUUGGACACGCGCGGCAUGUCGCUCCCCGACGGCCCGGGGCCGUUAAAGGACGCGGAGACGAGCAGUUCCCGGCUGAAGCGAAGCCGUUUUGCUUCAUCUCGGUCUCGCGCUGACGUUAGCAUCCGAGCAUCCGCGCGCUGCUAGCGGAGGGAUAUUAUCUGUGGAGACGUUUGUUACAGCCUUGGCCUUUUGAGACAAGUCUUCCCGGCAGAGACACUUCCACAUUUUAUUGAUUUUUAAUUUUUUGCUUAGACCCUACCUCUUGUAUGCACUUGUUUUUAGUUUAUUUUUUGUUCCACUCUUCAGCCUCCUCUUAGUUUCUGGUACAACUAGGAAUUGUUCUGUCCUAUUUAUUUCUACAACUACCUCUUGAGUUGGGGCUUCGGGCUGUAAAUCUGUCACAAUGGUUGCUGAGGCGGACACGGGUUCUCACAGUAGUGUGCGGCUGAAGCAGGAGAUUUCCCUCCUCCAUGGAGUCUGUCUCAUCGUAGGAAAUAUGAUCGGCUCUGGCAUCUUCGUCUCACCAAAGGGGGUUCUUCAAUACACGGGCUCGUUUGGCCUGUCCCUCGUAGUCUGGGCCAUCGGAGGGGUGUUUUCUGUGUUUGGGGCAUUGUGUUAUGCUGAGCUGGGAACCACCAUCCGUAAAUCUGGAGCUUCCUAUGCUUACAUCCUGGAAUCCUUUGGAGGCUUCUUGGCUUUUAUUAGACUAUGGACAUCACUGCUGAUAGUGGAGCCCGCCUGUCAGGCAGUCAUAGCUCUGACCUUUUCCAUCUACCUGGUCCAGCCCUUCUACCCUACAUGUGUAGCUCCUUACGCCGCUGUGCGCCUCAUCGCUGCUGCUAUCAUAUGCCUGUUAACAUUUGUGAACUGUAUGAAAGUGAAAUGGGGUGCUGUUCUUCAGGUCGUCUCCACUGUAGCCAAAGUCCUAGCACUCAUCAUCAUAAUAAUCGCUGGUCUGGUUAAGCUGGGACAAGGCUACGACCAGAACUUUGAGGACUCAUUCAAAGACUCCAAGCUGAAUGCUGGUGACAUGGCGUUGGCUCUGUAUUCAGCUCUCUACUCCUAUUCUGGCUGGGACACACUCAACUUCAUCACUGAAGAAAUCAAAAACCCGGAGAGAAAUUUGCCGCUGUCCAUCGCCAUUUCCAUGCCUAUUGUUACAGUGAUCUACAUCUUAACCAAUGUAGCCUACUACGUUGUCAUGGAUGUAGACACCGUGCUCUACAGUGAAGCUGUUGCUGUGACGUUUGCAGACGAGGUGCUGGGCUGGGCUCGCUGGCUAAUCCCACUCUCUGUAGCCAUUUCCUGUUACGGCGGCCUCAACUCCUCCAUCAUCGCUGCCUCCAGGUUGUUUUUCGUUGGCUCCAGAGAAGGACACCUGCCCAAUUUCUUGUGCAUGAUCCACAUCAAGCGUUUAACUCCUAUUCCUGCGCUGCUUUUCAAUGGGGUCAUGUCUCUCUUCUACCUGACUGUACCUGACGUUUUCCAGUUGAUCAACUACUUCAGUUUUAACUACUGGUUGUUCAUCGGCCUUUCAAUAGGCAGCCUGAUUUACCUUCGCAUCAAAGCUCCUGAACUGCACCGACCUGUUAAGCUCCCCUUGUUUUUCCCCAUCGUCUACUGCCUGUGCAGCGUGUUCCUGGUGGUGAUGCCCCUCUAUAGCGACACAAUCAACUCUCUAGUGGGAAUUGCUGUGGCGCUGUCCGGCGCACCGGUCUACUUAUUCUUUGUCUAUUUGCCACCCAGAUACAGACCAGCAUUCAUUGGCUAUGCGCUCAAUGAUUUCUCUCUGUUCACCCAGAAGGUCUGCAUGUGUUGUGUGGCCUCGCCUGAUAUCGAUCUGGAUAAUGUGGACCCCGGAAAGAUCGAGUGAUGGAGCAACAAAGGACUGUAGGAAAGUACUGUAUAGAGACUUGAAGGGGGUGAAUGAAGGAAGUGGGAGGAGGCUUUGAGCUGCAGACAAUCAAGAUGUGGCUGAGUAUGCCUUGAUUGAUUAAAGGAAGAGGAGUAGAGAAGCUGGACUAUAGCUGACAUUUCCUCCCUGCUCCUCUUCUCUGUCGUGAGCCAUAUAAAUACGGAAAUUAAUUAUUUUUGUACAUCAUAAUCCACCAAGAAACUGCACUGAACAGUGUACACAAUUCAGUGCUGUUGCUUCCUCCACAUAGUCCAUCUCACACACGGAGAAGCUGACCAAAAGCCUUAGUGAGAGGGACCUCAACAAUCCAAUGCAGGAGGAUUUGCCUUAGCAGAGAGGUUAAAGUAAAGCUCAUAACGAAGCUCAUAGAAACCCUUGAGAAGCCUUAGUCAUUAUACUGUAUUCUAACUAAAACCUAGUAACCCACAACCAUGGCAACAUAGAACGCAAAAUUUCUCAUCUUUUGAGCACCCCCCGCACACACACCACAUUUUCUCUUUUCUCUUUGGACCUCUGUUUUGUUCUUGAUUGUUCUGUUGGUAUUGGACCGUUAAGGAGAUUGUUUACAGAGCUGUUUAAAAUGAUUGUGACUCUUCAGUUGACUGAACAGUUUUUAUUUAAAGGGUUAAGCAGAAUUCCCUCAUGGCAACUUCUGUUCACUGUUGAAAUGUCAUCUUGCAGUCCUUUGUAUUUUAUUGCACCAUUUUAUUGCACAUCAGAUUGAUGUGUGAUUUCUGGGGCCUCCUUGUGGUAGCUAAAAGUACUUCCAGGGACACGCUUUUUUUUUUCCCCCCAAAUACUCAACAGUCUCGUCUUGAGUUUGGGUUUUUAUUUAUGCUCUUAUGUUUUUAUGCUAUCACUCUUUUGUUAUUUUUAUAAAUGCUUACAAAGUUACUUAAAGCUACACUGCACUCUGCUACAGUGUGCUGCUGAAGGUCAUAAUCUAAAAUGAUACGAACACCAGUCAAGCAGAUAUUACAUGAUGUUGUUGAUAUCUAAUUGGUUAAUGCAAUGCAGUUGACCUUUGGAAACAAAUCUCUGUGCUGCUGUCCAGAGUCAUUGAGCAGAGAUUUUCAGUGCAUUUCUCUUAAGUAAAGGUUCCUGUAGCUUUAUAUUUUUUUACUGAAACAAUGUUCUUUUGUUUGUUUAGUCUCAAGUUAAACAUCAUGAUUGUAUUUCCACUUAAGCAAGCGUUGCCUGAAACUCUUUGGGGGUUUUGUAAAUGCAAACCUCAGGAUCAGCCAUGCUAUCUUGCACACGUUGCUGCUUUUUAGUUAACUUUCUUUUUUGGCCUUGAAUAUGUCACCAGGGGUUUAAACUAGACUUUCUGCUUAGUAGAGAGUCUGUAGCAAAGUGUCUGCUCACACAAGUCAAGCUGGUGUUUGUGGCGUGACGUAGCCCUCGUGAGCUGUUUGUGCCUUCUGUAAGUGUGUGCUGCCAAAGGCCCCGUGUCUGAUAGAUUAGCAUAGUUUACUGUCAGACUCUGCUUGUCCUCUGGUAAUUUGUCUACUUAACAUAGUUUCACUAGCCAGAUGUUGGAACUGAGCUUUGUCUAGACUUGGUCAUGCCAGGAUUUCCACACCACCAGCCAAUAGAAGCACAUGGAUAUUUAAUGUAGUCAGUCAUCUGUAUGUCUGUUUGUGUGUUAGAGGAAAACUAGUGUAUCUGCAGUAGAUGAAACAUAAUGCAUCUCCAUUUGACAUAUACUCAGAACACAACACUUGAAUGUUGCAGUUUAUUGUAUUCCUUAUGUACCAAAUGUAGGGACGUGUGGAUUGUUUCAUGUACUGGUGAAGUUCUGUCUUUGUGCUUUGUUCAGUGUGAAUAUUUAUUAAGUUUUGACAUGAACAAACCCAGUGAUGAGCGCAGCAAGCUCUACUCGUCCUCUUCUGACUGUGUCAGGACUGUAUUGAUCUUAUUUGAAUAAAGGUGCAUACAUAAUGUA